AUGCGCGGGCUCGGGGUGUAUAAAAGCAGUCGUCACGCACACGAAUCCUCCUCGGCCUCUUCCCCGAAGCAACUUACCCACUCACUCCCGAGAGUAUGGCCUCCUCCUACCUUUCGCACGCGCUGCUGCUGCUGCUCGUCGCGUUGCUCGCGCCGCCCCGGCUGGCUUCCGGCUGCGACCGCUGCGUGCGCCGCUCCAGAGCGGCUUACUACACCGCCUCGCUCACCCUGACUGCCGGUUCUUGCGGGUAUGGCACGGCGGCCGCGACCUUCAACGGCGGCGGAUUCCUCGCCGCCGCUGGCCCUGCGCUGUACCGGGGCGGCGUCGGCUGCGGCGCAUGCUACCAGGUGAGAUGCAAGGACAAGAAGCUGUGCAGCGCGGCGGGCGCCCGGGUGGUCGUCACGGACCGCGCCAGGACGAACCGGACCGGCCUAGUGCUGAGCAGCCCGGCUUUCGCCGCCAUGGCCCACCCAGGCAUGGCCGCGUCCCUCACCAAGCUCGCCGCCGUCGACGUCGAGUACAAGAGGGUACCUUGCGAGUACAGGCACAAGAACCUCUCGGUCAGAGUCGACGAGAGAAGCCGUGGCCCCAACGAGCUAUCCAUCAGCUUCCUCUACCAAGGCGGCCAAACCGACAUCGUCGCCGUCGACGUCGCCCAGGUUGGGUCGUCGAGCUGGAAGUUCAUGACGCGGGAGCACGGUCCGUCGUGGAGCAUGGCCAACGCGCCGCCGGGGCCGCUGCAGCUCCGGCUGGUGGUGACCGGCGGCUACGACGGGAAGUGGGUCUGGGCCGACCGGGAGGUCCUGCCGAGGCGGUGGCGCGCCGGCGAGGUCUAUGACACGGGGGUCCAGAUCACUGACAUCGCGCAAGAAGGCUGCUUCCCCUGCGACACGCACGAGUGGAAGUGAUGCGCGCCAAAGAAAUUCAGAGGCGAGCUAUAGCUGCACUUCUCCUGUCACUGCCAUUUUGGUUGGGCUUUGACGAUGAGAAGAAGACGACGAUGGCUCGGCUCCGUUAGAGAUUUCACUGACCCGAUUAGAGUCCUCCUAAUCCCUCGGCAACUUCAGACUCUCUCUUUCAUUUCUUCGUCUUCUUCUUUUUCCAACUUCACCUGUACAUGAGCUGCUGAUGUGUAAGAUAAAUUAAGCAACUU